GGUAAAUAAAUAAAUGGGCUACAUGAUUAUGAUUCAAUUUUCGCUACGCCCAUAAUAUUAAUUUGUUUAGCAUUUAAAUCGCCUUUGCAUAGCCUGCCAUGAUUUCGAAGACCAUUUCAUUCGCCAUUUGCACGUUCUUGGUGUUGUUAUUCAUAAGCAAAAGUGAGGCCGUUAAGUGUUACCAAUGCAGCUCCGACGAAGACGAUAAAUUACGUUACGAAGACAAUUGCGGGGCUUAUCGGAAAUUCAACGAACUCAAUCACAUAGCUAUAGAUUGCAGCAGCGAUGAGAGCCACAUGCCGGGUUCCUUCUGCUUGAAGCGAACCGAGCAAAGUCCUCGAGGGUUCAUUUGGGAUGGUAGAUGGAGGCAGGUGAUAAGAAGGUGCGCGUCCGUUGCUGAUUAUGGUGUUACGGGCGUUUGUAAUUGGGGUAUAUACGAGAACGGUGUGUAUUGGGAGGAGUGUUACUGCUCUGAGGAUGAGUGUAACAGCAGUAAUAUUCAACGAUUAUCAUUGACAAUUGCACUGUUUAGUAUCGUAGGAUUAGUUUUCCAUAGGUUAUUAAUGUGAUGCGAGUGCUUCGUUAUAACUUUGAUGUUCAAGUACAUUCCAAGGAACAAAUUACAAAACAAAUUAAUCGUAGAAGCAAAGAGAAUGUUAACGAACAAAUCAGUGCCUAAUGAUGCUUUCUGCAGUUUUUACUCUUUACUAUUAGCAGAAUUUUUAUACAAAUUUUAUGGUAUUAGAAAUGAAUCUCAAGGUUUCGUAAACCUUACUUAUUUUAUAUUAAUGACAAAUUGUAAAAGUGUCCGUCCAUGUUUUUAACUUUUUUAAUUUGUUACGUUUUAUACAUUUUUUUUUUAAUAAAAAGUAUCGAAACAUUA